AUGCGCACAGGCAUCAUCUUCGCCACCAACAUUCCCGUCCUGACAAAGACGCAAGCCAGCUGUGCUUUGAGGGGAUUUCAUCUGGGUUGUCUUCCCCCUGUUUGCAAGGCGAGCAAGGGCGUUGAGUAUAACAAGUUUCGGCGAAGUCCUCAGCGUAUGUCUGACCAGGUACCAACUCUUCUGUGCAACUUGAUCAACCUUCUGCGGCAACCGGGGGUCGCACUAAGCGCAGUGAAGGGCGGACGACAACCCCCAUCCGAUGGCGACCCCGAUGAAGACGCCGACGAGAUCCGAGAGUUGGGCAUCCAAGUUAUCGACAUUCUCAUUCGUCGAGCUGCCUGCCUUGUGGCUCCUAAACUCACAGAGGCACGUUUCUUGUCCCCUUCUCGUUUUUACUUUCACCUCUUAUUUUGUGCUAUAUUUCGACGGUAG